AUGGCGGUGCAAACUACCAUCGCACCUUACGAUCAGAGCGUGGUGUGCGAAAAGCAGCUGCUCUCUCCAUCGGAACUCGACAAGGCCAUCGAUACUGCAGCUGCAGCUCAAAAGUCGUGGGCCAAGAGUGGUGUGGAAGAGCGUGUUGCUAUCAUCGCCAAGUGGAUGGGCAUCCUCGAUGCGGAGAAGGAAGAGCUGGGGAAAGAGCUUUCUGCUCAGAUGGGUCGGCCGGUGGGUCAGUGCGCCGGAGAGAUCAGGGGAGCGUUGGAGAGGUGUCGAUUCCUGUGUAAGGUGGCAAAAGAUGCUUUGGCCGAUAAGCCUCAGACCGAGGGGGAAGCUGGCAAUCUGAAGCUCAGCAUUCGACGGGAUCCUUUGGGGGUGGUUGCGAUGGUGACGCCUUGGAACUACCCUUAUCUCACCACGGUUAACGGCCUGGUGGCUGCUUUGCUUGCUGGAAACGGCGUGGUGCUCAAGCCUUCGCCUCAGACACCUUUGACAGCAGAGAGUUUGCAGCGGACACUCGAGGCGGCUGGAUUGCCCAAGGGCUUGCUUGAGGUGGUACACUUGGACUUUGAGAGCACUGCCAAGCUCGCAGCGGACGCACGGGUCAAGUUUCUCGUCUUUACUGGUUCUGUCGCUGGUGGCAAAGCGCUUGGAAAAGCUGCUGCCGAUGGACCUGGUUUCAAGGGUGUUGCCCUCGAGCUCGGCGGUAAGGACCCGGCCUACGUUCGUCCAGACGCGGACAUCAAAUGGGCCGCAGAGGAGUUGGUGGAUGGUGCAAUGUUCAAUUCGGGACAGUCGUGCUGUUCGGUGGAACGCAUCUACGUGCACGCCUCGGUAUUCGACGAGUUUGUGCAAGAGUUUGUAGCACUUGCUAAGGCCUACAAGCUCGGAGACCCUAGGCAAGCAGAGACAACUCUGGGGCCCGUAGUCAGCGUUGCUUCUGCCGAACGGAUGCGUAGGCAGAUUGAGGAUGCGCUCAGCAAGGGAGCCAAGAACCUCAUCCGCGCCGACCUCUUCCCCGAAGCCAAGGCUGGUACGGCGCUCGUCGCACCCACCGUCCUCGUCAACGUCGACCACAGGAUGGAGAUUAUGAGGGAGGAAACGUUCGGCCCAGCUAUCGGCAUCCAGAAGGUCGCAUCCGACGAGGAAGCACUGCAACUCAUGAACGAUUCGCACUACGGCCUCACCGCUUCCAUCUGGACCGACAUCCAGACUAGAGGCUCGGCAGAAGCGUUUGAUAAGCUAGCCACCGAGCUCGAGACGGGUACGGUUUAUCUGAACAGGGCGGAUGUCUUGCACCCUGCUCUCCCCUGGAGCGGUGUCAAGGAUAGCGGAAGGGGUGUCAGUUUGAGCACCUUGGCCUUCGAUCAGUUGACUCAGCCCAAGAGUAUCCAUAUGCGUUUGCGUAAGGCUUGA